CACUGCAGCCACCGCGUCUAUUAUUUUUUCUUCCGUCGCCGCCGCCGCCACAACAGCGUUCGAUUAUAUUUUACUCGUUCGUCAUCUCGACUAUACUUAAACGCUCGUUGUCGUUAUAAUUAUUUGGUCGAGUCUAUCUCUAACGUCGUUUCCAAUUAUAAAUCUAUUUUUAUUUUAUUUAAUUUAAUUUUYUCACCAACCUUAAUCGUUAUUUUCUUACAUUACGUAUAGUAAUAUUGAUAGUAGGAAUCUUCCAAUCGUCGUAUUAUUAUUUCCACGUCAUGCAUAAAGGACUUGUAUCACCUUUACCACCGCUCUCGUCGUAUAUAAACAGCCUUAUUGGUGGCUAAUUAUUUACUUGAUAACGCAGUGUUGUUAAAGUUUACSUCAAAGUUGAUUCUGUUUUGUUAUUGGUUCAUGAACGUCACAAGGCGCACCAGACAACACUCAGUCAUGCGGUACGCUACGAGUGCGAUGAAUCGUGUUAUAUUGGCAUCAUUCCUUUUAGCCGGUGUGGCGAGGUGUUACGAUUACGAUGAGGUAUUGCGGUUGUCACUCAUGUUCUACGAAGCGCAGAGGUCGGGUCACCUGCCUGCCAGUAACCGCAUCCCGUGGCGGGCCGAUUCUGCGACUACAGACAAAGGGCAAAACGGCGAAGACCUAUCCGGAGGAUAUUAUGACGGUAAAUUUACAAAAACAAUCUCUUGUCCGGACCGACCGGCUCCUUGUGACUGGGAAGCGUACCGGAGCACCAAGCCCAAUCCCCAGGUGCUGUACGGUGCACUGGUCAGUGGACCCGACGAGAACGACAACUACAAGGACUUGCGGGAAGAGUACAUCUACAAUGAGGUGACGUUGGACUACAACGCGGGAUUCCAGUCAGCCGUCGCCGGGCUCAAGCACCUGGAAUUGCAGGCCAGUCGGCACAAGGCCAUACUGAACGCCAACGGUCUGCUGUCCAACGCGACGGACGCGUAAUCGACUCCGGAUCGUCAACCACGUUGGAAUAAUCCGCAUCACCGCAUUUCACUUUUGUUUCAUAAAAUUAAAAUUAAAAAGAAURUACGUGUUUUUUUUGAACCGGAGACGACGACGAGCCCGCCGAUCCCGAUCGAAAGACAUCAACGCUACCGUGCGAUUGCCACCCUUGCUGCAAUUAUCGCGAAGAUAUCCGAAAUAUUGUUAUUACGCACCUACCAAUAAUUAUUAUUUAGGCCAAGUCACAGACAAUAUGCGCAUAGGUACGAUACAGGGGGAGAGCGAAAACGGAUUUUGAUUUGUGUGUGUGUGUUAUAGGUGGCGCGGGAGGGGGGGGUUGUCAAUGUCCGUUUGAUAUCGAUUAUCGUCAUGUCACAGUUUCAACAAAAACAAUAUAAUAUUAAAACAUCUCAUAAAUUAGGGAUGGGUUGAAUUUAAAAUAUUUCAAGCUAACCUAACUCUAAUUCGAACUUUGUUUUUAUCACRUAGUGUUAGAGAUYAAACUGGAACUUUUUGAACAUUCUACAMUUUUAAACUUUAAUCAGAUGACAACAUGAUUUUAGAACAAAUUGGAGAAACUGACAAAUAGCAUACGGAAAAUAAGAAUURUAUAGUAUUCUGCUGUAAUAAUAUUUAUUAUAAUAGGUGUAUCGAUAUAGCACUUGAUUUUUUUCAAACUGUUUGAAAUGUUUUYUGAAGUAAAUAUUGUUUAAUUUCUAGUAUCAAUAAUUUCUAACGAAAUACGAACAGCACGAAUCACCCAAAGUUUAACUGGGAGUUCGAAAGUUUGAUAUGCACUUUCGACCAGUGACGAAACGAACCUAAAAUAACMCAUAAGCAAACAUACAAUUUAUAUACCCACCCACUCAUCCAUUAGUGCUAUUACCCAUAGUACCUAUAACUGAAUAUAUCUAUAAAUUAUAAUAAAUACUAAUACUAAUAGGUACUUAGUUAUGGUUAUUCACUUUCAUAUUUUCACCCACGACCCAUGGCACCCACCCACCCCCAAAUCUUAAAAAAAAUCGAGAAGCAAUCGCUUCUCAAAGACCACGGUCGUUUUUCGCCACUGCUUUCGACCCAUCCCUAACCAUCAUAAUAUUAUUAUUGUUUUCGUAGACGACGACGACGACGGUAUCGGUCGUGUACACUGUACAGUCAACAACUCGAUUUCAUCGAAGGUAUAAUGGUUUGUGGGUUUAUACUUUUAUAUGUCUAUGGUUGUGCAUCGUAAAAAUAAGUACUGUAUACUAAAAUCAUGACAUCGGUCUAUAGUAAUAUGGAACGCAUCGCCAACGUCAAAGUUUCUUAAAUUUAGUAUUCUUGCGAUAGGUAUCGAUGACUUGAUAAUUACGCGGGUG